AUGACGCCCCGUCCUGACGUCCUGAUCAUCGGCGCUGGCCCCUCUGGCCUUGUCACAGCCUUAUGGCUAGUUAAGCAAGGUAUACAUAUCCGUAUUGUCGAUAAAGCCAAGGCCGACGUAACUACCUCUCGGGCACUGGCUAUCCAGGCACGAACCCUAGAACUAUACCGCCAACUCGGAAUCGCGGAAGAUGUUGUCUCAAACGGGCACAAAAUUGCAGCCACAAACGUCUGGUCUGAGGGCACUCACCGGGGGCGAAUACCCAUUGGUGAUAUUGGUAGUGGGUUAACGCCAUACCCAUUUAUCCACAUUUUCCCCCAGGACCAGCACGAGACGCUCUUGGAAGACCGCCUCAACUCCCUCGGUGUCCAAGUCGAGCGGCACCGAGAGCUUAUAGACUUCACGGAAAACAAAUCAUCAAUCACAGCUCGGCUGAGGACGACCGAUCCUAGUACCGAUGGUGAUGACAAUGUUGAAACCUGCGAAGCAACCUUUAUUGUUGGCUGUGACGGAGCCCGUUCGACUGUUCGCCAUGUCUCCGGAGUUGAAUACGACGGCGCAACGUACUCCCAUAUCUUCUUUGUCGCCGAUUUCGAGGGAAGCGGGCCAUCACUGAAUGGCGAAGCACAUGUUACUUUCAACCAGUCUGAGUUUAUGCUGCUGUUUCCAUAUGAUGACAGCAGCCGGGGCCGCAUCUCUGGGGCCAUUGAUGAUGAAACUGCGGAGAAAGACACCGAUAUCACCUUCGAGGAUGUUGCCCCAAGGAUGGCGGAAACGCUGAAACUGAAAAUCGACAAGCUGAACUGGUUUUCCACUUAUCGAAGCCAUCACCGUCUAGCAUCUGCCUUCCGCAAAGGCAGAGCGUUCUUGGUCGGCGACGCGGCACAUAUUCAUAGUCCUGUCGGGGGACAGGGAAUGAACACCGGUAUUGGUGAUGCAAUCAACCUGGCAUGGAAGCUGUCAGCGGUCAUCAAAGGACAAGCCGGCCUAUCGUUACUCGAAAGCUAUGAGACAGAACGUCGCGCGUUUGCGAGCCAAUUGGUCAACACAACUGACAGCGGUUUCAAUGCCGUUAUUUCGCAGAGCUACUUCGCGCGAACCCUGCGAACAUAUGUUCUGCCUUAUGUUGCGCCAUUGCUCGCCAAAAUCGACUACGUUAGACACAAUGUGUUCCGGAAGGUUUCUCAAAUUAUGCUGGAUUAUAGACAGAGUAUGUUGUCAGCCGGUGUUGCAGGCUAUGUUCACGGCGGAGACCGUAUGCCAUGGGCCCCUGUAGGAGACAUUGACAACUUUGAGAACCUGAAAUCAAUUACCUGGCAGGUCCAUGUUUAUGGAGAGCCCAAGCCAGAAUUGACACAAUGGUGCCUGAACAAGAACAUUCCCCUACAUGCUUUCCCCUGGGACGGGCAGUAUCAAACAGCCGGGCUGCAAGCUGAUGCAGCGUACCUGAUCCGCCCGGAUACCUAUGUGGCAGUUGCAGAGCCGUCGGGCUCAUUUCAGAGGUUUGACCGGUACUUUGAAGACAUCGGACUCCAAUGGCUUUGA